AUGGGUCAAAAACAAUCAAAAAAGGAGAAGAAACCUCCUUCUUCAUCUCAAAGUGCACAAACAAGUGCAUUUAUUUCCUCGGUGAGCGGAGAUGUGGGGGAUGAUUUUGCAAUGCUUCCUGCAAUUCUGGGAAGACCAAACAAGAAAAAUGCUCGAUUUCAACAACAACUCAAAGCCAUGCAAGUGAGAUUGGAUAGAUACAAAAAAGAUAUGGAACUACUCUCAAAAACUCAUCUUUCAAAAGACGAGUUCCGAUUGUUGAGGAGUCUGUUCACGUCUUUUUGUAAGGAAUGCCUCAAUGUUAAAGAGUCGUCUACAAAAAAACAAGAGACAUCUCAACCAAAGCCCAAAAAAACAUCCGAAGAUUAUUCUUUAUAUCUCACGCGAGAAGAAUGCUACAAAGUGUUCUUUCCCAAAAUUGAACUUGCACAAACAUUUAAUAAUUUCGAAAGAACAAAUGGCUCCAUUCAAAUACAAACCAAUGUUGAAGACGUUUAUUCGGAAGAAGAACGAGUAGUAUUGAGCGCACUAUUUAACGCAGCAUGCGAUUUUAAUAAGAGAAAAUUGCUGACAUUUCACCGUUUCGUAAUGACCAUUAGUGCCAUGUGCAGAGGAACAUUUGAGGAAAAAGUGGAAUGGACUUUUUCAUUUUAUGACUACAAUCAUGAAGGAUAUAUUUCCAAACCAAAGCUCUUGACUCUCAUGAAGGCGUUAGAGUCUAUGGACAUCUUAAAGUUAAAAUCGUCUCCAAGACCUAAAAGCCCAGCAACAACUUUUGAGGAGGAGCUUGAACAAAUAGUAGAUGCCUUCUUUGAUUGUGCAAAGAAGGCACAAAACGAGAAUACACUUUUCAAAAGGGUGAAUUCAAAUACUUCUGAUUUCAGUACACAGGAUCGUAUCGAUUUGCAUGGUUACAGCUUGGCCUGCAAAGAAAAUGAUACAUUUUUGAAUGCAUUGGGAAUUGUAGAAACAUUCUUUGUUCCUAUUUUAAAGCCAAUCAAUGACUUUGUACAUUGUGACAACCCCUAUGAAAUAGAAGGAUCUCUCUUCAUUGCAACCACAGACGAAACAGAAGCAGAGAUCGUUUAUUCUGCCAAUACUAGGUCCGAAAAUAACUUAUUUAAAAGGUUUAUAGUCGACAUUCGUGGAGGCUUGUUGAAUGGAUACUGUAGCAUUACAGUCGAAAAUCAAAAGAAGAGGGCAUUUAGUAUUGAUUUAAGGAAGAUUGACGCUAUAGAAAAUGAAACACAAAUUAUCUCUCUACCGUUGCUUGAAGAAAUGCGAAAAGAAGAUACUUUGGUUAUUAGUGAUGAAAUUAGCAACAAUGGUAGUAAUACUCUAAAUGUUGGCAGAGUUUCACACAAACGAACCAACUCUUUUCCUGUGAAACCCACUCAUGCCAUUGUUUUAUCUCCCGCUUUCAGUAUUACUAUGUCUAAAGCUAUCUAUGACGAAAUUUUUGAGCAAGAUAUAGAGCUAAACAAUCUAAAUGAAUCAACAACUAAGAAAGAGGCCACCGAGAAAAAGAAGAGUCAGAAAAAAGAUCCCAACGAAAAGAAAAAGAUUGUAUUUAUCGCUGAUAGUUCUGAAGUGAAAAUGCUUUGGAUCUUCACAAUUUUAAUGUAUCAUUUAGACCACCGAAAAGGUAUUGAAGGAGAAGCAUGUAGAUUCAACUCCUUCUCUCCAGAGAGACAAAAAGUAAGAGCCAAAUGGUACGUCGAUGGAAAAGACGCCUUCUCAGAUAUUGCCAUUGCUAUUACUUUAGCAAAGGAGGAAAUUUUCAUUUCUGACUGGUGUCUACAUCCAACCAUGUACUUGCUGAGAGGAUCUGGAAAAGAAGUUGCAGACUCCAGGCUUGACAUUUUACUCAAAAAGAAGGCCAGUCAAGGUGUGAAAAUUUACAUCUUGCUGUGGAAUGAAACUACUCUGGCGUUUCUCAAUCUCAACACAAAACGAACGAAAGCAUACCUUAAAAGCCUCUACCCUAAAAACAUUUUUGUAAAAACCCACCCAAAGAAAUUUCCCACAGAAUGGUCACAUCAUCAGAAACUUGUAAUAAUAGACCAAUCUAUUGCCUUCCUUGGAGGGUUAGAUCUUUGUUAUGGAAGAUGGGAUGACUACCAUCACAAUAUUACAGACAUGAACCAUUCUAACUGUAAAUAUCCAGGAAACGAUUACAAUAAUCCAAAUAUUGAACCUCAGUAUAAAUCUGUAGAUAAGCUAGACAAUUUCAAAGAUUGUAUAGAUAGAGAAUAUAUCCCUAGACAAGCAUGGCAUGAUAUUCAUUGCAUGGUCACCGGCUUGGCUGCGAAGGAUUGCUCAUUCAAUUUUGUAGAGAGAUGGAAUUUUGCUUUUCGAAACUCUGAAGGAUCUAAGCAUAAAUUAUUGACGCUGAAAAACCCUGGCAAAAAUCCAUUGUUGGAAUAUUAUGACAUCAAACAACGAAGAAAGAAAAUACCAAUCAUUAAUCCAUUUCAUUUAGGUGACGUACUACAAGUAAAUGAUACCACUAAUAAGGAAUCAUCAGACAACAACCCAACCACUGCUAAAGAAAUUUUCAAGAGCAAGCUUUCUGAGCUUGACCCAAGAAACAGACGAAAGAAAAUUGAGGAAGAAGAAGAUAAAAAGCUUGCACAAAUUGAACAAGAUUUGAAAGAAAAAGUAGAUGAAGAAUUUGCAAGACAUCAGCCGCUGAUAAAGGAGUCAGAUACAGAUGCAUCUGAUGCUGAACCUCCGUCACCUUCUCCUCAAAAGCAACAAGGAAAUGCAGAUGAAGGCACUCCUACUCGAGAAUUACGAAUUGUUGCACACAAAAACAAACACAAGAUAUCAGCAAAAACUAGAUCAAAGAAUAUUAUCACCACUGAUAGCCCCAAACACAAAAAAGACGCCAUCCAACAAAAAAUUAAGAAAUUCCAAUGUGCUGAUGAAGGGUACUUGUGCAACGCUCAGGUUGUGAGAUCGUUGUGCAAAUGGAGUGGAUCCCCUAGAGACGAACAAAGCGUGUAUGCUGCCUAUCUCUAUAUGAUUGACAAUGCCAAACAUUACAUUUACAUUGAAAAUCAAUAUUUUAUUGGAUCAGGAUCUGAAGUUGCAAAGAACGUAAUUCCUGAAUACAUUUCAAGAAAAAUUGUAGAAAAGAUGAAACAACGAGAAGUUUUUCGUGUCAUGAUUCUCCUACCUUCUCACCCAGAGGGCAAGCUUACAAAUCCAACAACCCAACAGGUCAUGAAGUACACAUACAAAACCAUUAAGCAUGGGGUAAACUCCAUGUAUUCCUACAUCAAGAAGCAUGUACCAGGUGCCACAGACAGUGAUAUUGAGAAUUAUCUUUCAUUUUGCACCAUAAGAAAUUAUGGAUUUCUGAACUGUGAUUGGAGAAGCUCCAUGGAAGAAGCAGAUGUUAUUAGAUUGGGCAAUUUUCAAGACAUACUCGACGAAGAUGAAACAAGUGACGACUCGUUUAGCAAUCAUAGCGACAAAUUUCGAGCGCUAAUGAUCAUGAAAACAACUGAUUCUGGAAAAAAAGCUGUCACCGAACAUAUCUAUGUCCACAGCAAAUUGAUGAUUGUAGAUGAUAACAUCACCAUUAUUGGUAGUGCCAACAUUAAUGACAGAAGCAUGUUGGGAACUCGAGAUAGCGAAAUUGCUGUUGUCAUACAAGAUCACCCUUCGAGCACGAUCAAUACCAAGAUGAAUGGGAAGAGUUACAAGUCUGGCAAGUUUGCUCAUAGCCUUAGAAUUAGGUGUUGGAGAGAGCAUUUAGGGCUUUUACCUUCACAAAACGAGAAAGAGGAUGAAGAGUUAACGGAUGAGGAAUUACAGAAAAAAAUUUCUGAGAGCGAACAUGAUGCAGACAAUGAAGACGAAUCCGACGAAGCAAACAUUUUCAAUUUGAAAAAUUUGAAUAUCAACAAGAACAAGACUUGGAAAAAGUGGCAGCGUCAACGAAUUGAAAACAAGAUGAAAAAGCUCAUUCGAAAUGAUCCUAUUUGUGAUGAAACAUUUAAAGGAGUGUGGCUGAAAACUGCAAAACACAAUACCGAUAUUUAUGAAGCAGUGUUUCCAGAUACUCUCAUUUCUAACAAGUUCACAACAUUGGAUGAAUAUUUAGAGAGCUCAAAAAUUGUAGUCAAUGAAAAGGAUCAAAACAAAGAAAUGGACAAUGAAAAUUUGAAGAAAGAGAAAUCAAAGAAAAGCUCUGCGAAUCUUUCUGCCAUUGCUUCUAGUAAGAAAGCCGUAAAGGAAGAAGAAGAGCUAGUGAUUGAGGAAGAACGACCAAAAACUGCACCAGCACAACAACCAGUCACAGGGACAUCCUUAGAUGAAACUCCAUCCAAACAUGUCGAUCAAGAUGAUACCUCUCCCAACAAUGCUGCCACCAGGGAACGAUCCAAAAAAGCAAAGGAACUUGAUUCUGCUCUUUCUGAGCCAGAGAAGAGAAAACUUUUGAAGCAGCUGAAAGGAAAUCUGUGCCUAUUUCCAUUGGACUUUGCUUCCAAAGACACAUGGUCUAAACCAUUCCAUGUAUCGGUUGCUGUUGGUGAUAACAUUUUUGUUUAA